UUCUUCAGAUUUGUAAACGAGAAUGAUCGCAGCUGGAUGCGUUAUAGUUUUUCUUUAUAAACGUUAGUUGUGUGUGGUGGAAGGUAAUAUUGAUUUGCUCAUGACAUGUUAAGUGCAAAAAGUUAUCAAAUAUUAAAUUUAUUUCUUCAAAAUGGGUAUUUUGUUGGCAAAAUUAUGGAGUUUAUUUUCUAACGAAGAGCACAAGGUUGUUAUUGUAGGUCUUGACAAUGCUGGAAAAACAACAAUCCUUUAUCAGUUUUUAAUGGAUGAAGUUGUACAUACAUCUCCAACAAUUGGAAGUAAUGUAGAAGAAGUUGUAUGGAAAAAUGUGCAUUUUAUAAUGUGGGAUUUAGGUGGUCAAGAUUCAUUGAGAGCUGCAUGGAACACAUAUUAUAGCAAUACAGAGUUCCUUAUUGUGGUAGUGGAUAGCACAGAUCGAGAAAGGUUGUCAAUUACUAAAGAAGAACUAUGGCGAAUGCUAUCUCAUGAAGAUUUAACCAAAUCUGCUGUGUUAAUAUUUGCUAAUAAGCAAGACAUAAAAGGCUGCAUGACUCCUGCUGAAAUAUCGGAGCAGUUGAAUUUAACUUCUUUAAAGAAACACAGAUGGCAUAUCCAAGCUUGCUGUGCACUUUCUGGUGAAGGAUUAUAUCAAGGACUUGAAUGGAUUUACUCAAAUUUAAAGAAUCGUAAAUGACGUAUACUUGAUACUAGUGCCUAAAAGUUCUUCCAGUGUAUGGAUGUUUAAAAAGAGAGGUAAUAUGCGUAAUGUGAGAAGAAAUUUAGUCAGAAUCUUUGAAUUUUAAAAGGAUGUGUCUAAAAUAUGUGCAGAAAAUUUAAAGAAGCAGAUGAAUUAUUUUAUUGCAAGUUUUAUUUCCUUCUACACAUUUCAAGAGGGUUCUUUAUUGAUAAUUUUUCAACCAAUGGCUUAUUUUUAUGUGGGGGAAAAAGGUAGCAUUUUACUCAAACCUAUGCUGUGUAUUAUGAAAAACUCUGUGUAAAAUUCCAAAGGAUUUCUUUUGUCUUCUAAUUCUGAACUUGAAAAAAAAACUUCUGUCUGUGUUUAUGCAUUACAUUUUCAAAAUAUUUCAACUUUGUGUGUUUUCAAUAGUAAGUUUCUGUAAAGCUUUUUAAUGUUUAGCCUUUUUAAAAAAAUUUUGCAUUACAACUGGAAUCAUUAAUGUAAUCUAGAAUCCAAACAACUUCAUAAGUUGCCAUUUCAUGUCUUGAAAUGUUUCUAAUUAUUUAAUUAUAUCAUUAUAAAAUUAAUUUGAGAAUUUUGUUUGUGAAUAUAUAAUAGUUAAUGAAAGUGACUAAGGAAACAAGCAGUUGGAUUGUUAAACAUAAAUGUGAUAUUUUAUCAUUUUUUUUUAAGAAAAUAUAAUUAUUUUGCUUAAGGAAGUGCUAAAUAAAAUUAUUUGUUUAUCAAUUUAAGGUAUUAAACUUUGUAGAUAUAAGAUUUUAUUUAAAAAUAGUUAUUCAAAUUUAAAUUUGAAUUAAUUGUAUUUGUGUUUCAGAAGAUUAAGCUUUAGUUUACUAUAAAUAGGGGAUAAUUAUCUUCUUGGAUCUUUUUUGAAAAUAUUUAAAAAAAAAAAAAAGAUGUAUUGAAAUGAUUUGAAGAAUGUUCUUUGGAAUUACACCAGUAAAAGUAUUUUCUUGAAAAAGAAUCUGUUUUACUAUAAUCCCUUAAAAAGGCAAAUUUAAUUAUGAUUUUCAUCAUCUCACAAGUCAUGGUCAUUUGUCUCAUGCUCGUGGGAAAAAAGAAUUUUCAUCAUCAUUCAUACCAUCUAUGUACAGUGAAAUCACUCAUAGCAACUAUAUCCUUACGAGAUUCACAGCUGAAAAUGAUCCUUAGUUUGUGAACAUGAUUAAUGAUACUAAGCAUUAUCAAUAAUCAUAUUCAUUAAAGCUACUAUAACAAAAACCCAAAAUGAUCUGAAAUUGUGGGUGAUCAUCAAUGGGAGAUUUCACUGCAUCUCGAAAUAUUAUCAAUUUAUUACAAAUUGUAUUUAAUUAAUCUGUAUAUACUAUUUUUAAUUUCUUAUAUGUUUGUUUAUAUAUGGAAUUAGGCACUUGAAUGAAUGUGAUGUAACAUUUCUGGCAUUAAGCAUUUAUAUUUAUGCUAGAAACAUUGCGCCUAUUUUCAAACUAUGAAAUACUGUAAAAUAUUUAUGCCUAUAUAUGUAUAGAUAUUCAGUCUGUUAAAAUGUAAGACUUUUUAUAUACACAAGGUAUUAGAACAUGUAUCAGAUGCUGUUAUGUAUAUUAAUUUGCUGAAGUUUUCUCUGUUAAUAAUCUAUGGGAAAAAAAAAAUUCUCUCCUGCAGCUGUUUCUGAACAUGAUAUGUUUAUUUCAAGAUGUUUGAGUUCAAGUAAAAUAUUCCUAGUGGCAACCACAUUAUCCAGAUUAUUAAAGUAACAUGUAUUUCCUCCUAUAGAAAUGUAAUUAACUAGCUUUGAGAGAUACAAUCUGUUCUAUGUUUUGAGAAGCAAAUUAUCUUCUGCUAACAUGCAUUGCUCAAUUUGGAGUAAAUCAUUUCUUAUUUAUUGUCUAGAAAAUUGGUUAAUUAACCUAAUAUUUAAAAUUUAAUAUGGGGGCAAUUUAAGCACUGAAAUUUGAAAUUGCAUUGGUAAAUACUUUUGAUCAAGGUAUAUCAUGUGGCACUAAAAAAUCUUUUAAUUGCAGUAAUGAUGCAAGUGUUCAUAAUUAUCUAUUAGAUAUUUUAUAACUAUAUUCAAAAUUAUCAAUUAGAUAACUUACUAAAAGGGAAAGUAAAUUAUUCAAUUAUUAAAGUAAGCUAUUAAGGAAACUUGCUAUUCACCAGUUGGUGGCAGAUAAAUCGAUCUUAUGGCUCUUGCAGUAAUAACACUUCCUGGAGUAUAUAUAGGAUGUAUUUUAGGAUAGGGCAAUUAUUGUAAUAUCACAGCUAAAAACAUUUGGUAACACUCUAUUAAAGGUGUUUCUGACAGAAAAGUAAUUGAAUCGUAUAGACAGGAAAAGAAUUGAAGAAUAUGAGGAUAAAUAUAAAGGGUUAUAAUAUGAAGGAAUUUUUAUUUUUUAAACAUGACCUUAAUCAUGUCUUAACUUCGUAUAUUAAAAGUUUUAGGAAAUGCAUUAUAAAUGGAGCUUUUUAUGCAAGCUGGAAUAUUUCAUUGUGCAUUUAUUGGUUCACUUAAAAACUGUGCAUUUUAAAUGCAAAUUUCAAGUAUCUGACCAGUCACAUUAUUCUUGUUUUAAAACCUACUUGUGCACUUUUUAUGGAUACUCAUGUUGUAAAUACUGCAGAAUUUUCAUGAUUGUAUUAAGUUCUUUAAAUAAAAUCUUAAAUAUAUAUAUUAUAUAUAUUUAUUUUAUAUUCAUUUAAUAUUUUAUAUUUGCUCAAUCAUUCAAAAUGGCUUUGUGAUUCACAAAGUGCUUUUCAUAAUGUACUUUUUAAAACUUUACUAUUGUUUUUUUGUUUUCAUUUUUAUAUUUAUUUCACUUUAGAGUAAUUGAAAUUAGUAUGUGUUUCUUUAUGGUAUGUUUUCAACUAUAUCAUAUUGUUGAUGUAAUAAGAAAAGUGAUUUAUUUAUAUUGAACUUUGUAGUUUAAGUAAGUGUACUCUGAUAACUAAUAUGUAAGUUUUUCAUAUGUAAUAUAAGACUGAAAAGGGAUUUAAAAAAAAAGGAAAUUUGUAUUAAUUUCUAAGGCUAUUAAACUAUUAAUAUAAUACACUUAAAAUUUUUUAAAAAUGUCAAAUUUUAAAACACAAUUUUAAAUGCUUUUUGAAUUUUGUCUAGUAAUAUAUGAUUUUUAUUUAGAAUUAAUUAAAUAUUUUAACUAUAAUGUAUUUUUUAUUCAUUGAACUCCCUGUUAUCCAUCCAACAUGCAUAAAAAUGCAUAGGUAAAUGGAAAAUGUGUAUAAUUUAAAAAUGAUCCUGUAAAAUUGUAAUUAGUGCAUCAGUGCCAUAAAGAAUUAACUUUUUUUAAAUUAAUGGUAUAAGUAUGUUUAAAUCAAAAUUCAAUUAAAGUAAAAAUAAAAUUUUCUGUCCCCUUCUCCAGGAAGGUCCAUUAGAUUCCUUUUUCUAAAUAACAUGUUGACAUUUUUUCAGAUAACGUAACGGCCAUCAUGAAAGAAAUUAGUGAUGCUAAAUUUGAACUUAUUUUAUUUGCUCAUAUAAUCUGACAUCUUAUCUAUAUAAUUUAUUGCCACACCAUGACAACCCUUUCUUACUUUUUUACUUUCAUCUUUUAGCUAUUUUGCUGGCUUCUGUUACUGCAUCAAAAAUAUUUUUUAUCAGUAUCAUUUUGUAGCUUUACUUAUUCUUUUCUCAGUCUUUACUUUUAGCUUUUCUUCAUAUAUAUUUUUAAAUUCCGGAACACUAAGACCCGGUGCUGUUACUGUUUUAUUAUCUAAAAUUUUCUACUUUUAGAUUAUCAAGUAUCAAUUUUUCGUAAUCGGGAAUUAAUGUUAAGCUUUGAACUUUUCUAAGCCUUAACAUUGAGAAUCAGUGUAUUAAAAAUCGUGAGUUUCUUCAAAAGAAAAGACAAACUGUACCUUGUCUUAAAAUUCUAGUCUGAGAACGUUUCUGAGAAAUAAAUAUUUCAUGCAUAGAUAAUGAGGAGUUUGCUGUAUUAAGGCUAUCAGCCCAGUUUUUCUGGUUCUAGAUUAAAUACCAAAUUCAAAAUUAUGAGCUUUGUGAAAAUUGAAUAUGAAGGAACAGCUAUGCAUAGCUAUUUCUUCAUAUUCAAUAACAGCUAUGCAUAGCUAUUUCUGCAUUCCUUAAUUUUUUGUUACGAUCAAUUUUAGAAAUUGUGUUACUUUUGAAAAAAAAAAAAUUAAAUCCCUUGUACUAGUUUCUCAUUUUUAUAAACAUUCGUAUGGAUUUAUUCUACCAGUUUGUAAUUUUUUUUUUAUAAAAGAAUGCAAUUGAAUAAUAGCAUAGAUUUUCCUACAUUAAAGGUAUGGCAAUGAUAUGUAAGUCAGACACCUUAAAUAAUGUUAAAAAUACGUAGUUCUCAUUAUAUAUAUAAAAAAUUGCUCAUUGUAUUCAUAUUCCCAGAAUUUGAUUGCGUAAUUCUAUUAAAUGAUUUCAUAAGUAAAGUUUUGCUGUUAUGUUGUCAUCUUAUUUUGUGUAUGUAUAUAUUGUAUUCUGUAUUGUUUUUCAAAUAAAAAUUCAUUUUGUAUGAA